AUGGCAUCAGUAACAGUCCGACGUUUCCGGCCAGCAACCAUUGCGGCUACUGUAGCUGCAGGAGGUAUUGGUUUGAGUAUUUUGUCGAAACUCAUCAUCGGAAAUGCGUCUGCAGAAUCAGGAGCCGCACCAAAAGUGUUUGGAGGUGGCCCAGCGUUCGUGUCGUUGCCUUUGGAGAGCUCGGAGCAGGUGAACCACAACACUAAGCGUUUGCGGUUUAAGCUGCCGCAAAGGGACUCUGUGAGCGGGUUGUCAUUAACAUCCGCCGUUCUUACCAUGUCAUGGCCGGAGGGAAGAUGGUUUCCCGUCGCAAGGCCUUACACGCCCAUCCAACCCUUGGAAGAUACUGGGUACCUUGAGCUCAUGGUAAAAAAGUACCCCGACGGAAAGCAGAGCUCGCACCUUCACUCCCUGGCACCAGGGCAGAAGUUACUCUUCGCCGCCGCCAUCAAGGGUCACCAGUGGAAGCCCAACAGCUACCCACACAUCACUCUUAUUGCCGGCGGUGCCGGCAUCACGCCAGUCUACCAGCUAGCUCAGGGCAUUCUCCGCAAUCCCCAAGACAAGACAGCCAUCACUCUCGUCUUUGGCGUCAACUCAGACGCAGAUGUUCUGCUGAAGAAGGAGUUUGAGCAGUUUGAGAAGGAGUUCCCAGGACGAUUCAAGGCGGUUUACACCGUAAGCAACCCAUCAGCCGGAUCGCCCUACCGCAAAGGUUACGUCACGAAGCAGUUGCUGGAGGAAGUCGCGCCAAAGCCGGCGGCCGGGGAGACGAAAGUAUUCGUAUGCGGCCCUCCGGCGAUGGAGACUGCAUUGGUGGGAAAGAGGAGCACACCUGGAAUCCUGCAGCAGUUGGGAUACCGCAAAGACCAGAUCCACCAGUUUUAG